AUGAAGGAAUCUGAAUCUAUCUCAGAUUUUGGCAACAAGGUGUUGGCUAUUGUGAACCAAAUGAAGCGUUAUAGAGAAAAUAUGGAAGAUGUUCGUGUGGUGGAAAAGAUCCUUCGGUCCUUAAUCGCUAAAUUUGAUUAUGUGGUUUGUGCUAUUGAAGAGUCUAAGGAUUUAGACUCAAUGACCAUAGAUCAAUUGAUUGGUUCUCUUCAAGCCUAUGAAGAAAGGUUCAAUAGAAGACAUGAUGAGCCAUUGGAGCAAGUCCUCAAAGCCAAAGCUUCUUUGAAAGAAAAUGGAGGAGAAAGUAGUCAAAAAGCACGUGGACGUGGUCGUGGACGUGGUCAUGGCCAAGGAAGAGGAGGAAGAGGAGAUCGUGAUAAUUUUGACAAUAAUGAAUGGAGGAGCCAUCAAUCCACUAGAAGUCGUGGAGGAGGAAGAGGAAGAGGUAGAAACAAUUAUGAAAAAGCAUAUGAAAGGAGGUAUGAUAAAUCUAAUGUUGAAUGUUUUAAUUGUCAUAAAUAUAGCCAUUACUCUUGGGAGUGUAGAACAAAUGUUGAAGAGAAGGUCAAUCUUGUUGAUGAUAAAGAAGAUAAAGAAGUUGAAGAGUCAACACUACUACUAUCACUUAAUAAUGGUGAGAAGGAAGACAAAUGCUUAUGGUAUCUUGACAAUGGAGCAAGCAAUCACAUGUGUGGAUGCAAAGAGAAAUUUGUGGAACUUGAUGAGAAGGUGAAAGGAAAUGUUUCUUUUGGAGAUUCUUCCAAGGCUAAAAAUAUGCCAAAGGAAUUUUGGGCCGAAGCUGUUGCAUGUGCCAUUUAUUUGUCCAAUCGCUCCCCAACAAAGAAUGUCAAAGAUCAAACACCACAAGAAGCAUGGAGUGGAGUGAAGCCAAGAGUUGAUCACUUGAGAGUAUUUGGGAGCAUUACAUAUGCUCAUGUACCCGACCAAGGAUGA